CCAUGGAGGUGGCGCUGCUCUUCCUGUGCGGCCUGCUGGCCCCGGCGGUCCUGGCCAAUGCAGCUGAGCAGGAGAAAAAAAAUGACCCUUUUCAUUAUGACUACCAGACCCUGAGGAUUGGGGGAUUGGUGUUUGCUGUGGUCCUCUUCUCGGUGGGGAUCCUGCUUAUCCUAAGUCGCAGAUGCAAGUGCAGUUUUAACCAGAAGCCGCGGGCUCCAGGGGACGAGGAGACCCAGGUGGAGAACCUCAUCACUGCAAAUGCAACGGAGCGUCAGAAAGCAGAGAACUGAAGUGCAGCCCUCAGGCACAAAGAACCUGAAGGCAGCUGCUUGAACCUUUAGAUGCAAAUGCUGAUGCUUAAGAAAACUGGCCACUUCAGCCACAGAUCUU